GGAUGUGACACUCGAGAAGCCAGGAAACCGGCAUUAACUUACUUUUACAGGAAACUACUAGAACAACGAAGCUUCCUCAAACACCGAGGAUACCUACUAGUACCCUGACAAACCCCAGCGAACUGGAUUUACGUUUCUGUCAGCAUCACUGGCCAAUCUUUCUGCUGAAACGCGGGUUGAGAACGUUUACUGGGAGAUUUUGGCGGAUAUACAACACCGAAGUCUGUCAUUACUGAGAUUCAGAGUUCAUCUAUGACGCAGCCACCUGGAGUGUAACUCCUGCCAUGAAGGAAGCCUACGACAGCAAUGGCUACAUCCUCGUCAGGAAUAUGUUGACGAAGGCUGAGGUGGAGAAGGUAAAGAGAGCCGUGGAGGACGACCAGGGGAUCCAGGCUCGUGCCUACAGCCGCGACGACGGAAAAAGUCGUCGGAGCCGUGUGUCGUUGUGGAACCACCCUGGGGACGACAUCACCGGUCGUCUGGCUAGGAUGCAGCGUGUGGCUGGGACGAUGGAGCAGUUAAUGGGUGGAGACGAGGUUUAUCACUACCACAGUAAGCUGAUGAUGAAGGAUGCCCAUACAGGUGGUCGCCACGUCUGGCACCAAGACUAUGGCUACUGGUACAACAACGGUUGUCUGUACCCUGACAUGGCAUCAGUGUUCAUCCCCGUGGACGACUGUACCAGAGAGAACAGUUGCCUGCAGGUGCUGAGAGGAUCACACCGUCUUGGGCGCAUUGAUCACUCCAGGAUCGGCGAGCAGCUGGGAGCUGACCCAGAAAGAGUAGAGCAGGCACAGAAGGUACUGGAGCACAUAUAUGUGGAGAUGAAGGCGGGGGACAUACUGUUCUUCCAUUGUAACCUCCUUCACACCUCCGACCAGAACAGCUCUGAUAAUCGUCGCUGGGUCUUCAUUGUGGCAUUCAACAAGCGUUCCAACAACCCUUACAAGCAACACCACCACCCACAGUACACUCCUAUGACCAAGGUGGCGGACUCUGCCCUGCUGCAGUGUGACGGAAGUGAGCCCCUGGGAGGAAAGUGGUUUAUUAAGCUCCAAGAUGACAUCUCCAUUAAAGACAGAGUUCAUUAGGGCGAUUAAUGCACCUGCUUGUAUGCUUCCAUAUACCCAUCUUGCCUUUUCCAGCUCCACCAGUCAUCUUAACAAGCUUGUCUUGACAAGCUUUCCAAUCUUCUUAAAGACGUGUUCAUGCAUCUUGCUGUAGGUUCUUCGUGUUUAUUUCUGUGUCAUUCAUCUUAAUUCAACGAUGUCAUAUGUCUCCAUAAAACUUUCAUUCCCCGAGGCGUAAAUUGUAUUUAAAAUUAAUUUGCUGCAACAUUGCACUGGUAAUCUUUAAAUCUUGCAGUAGGAAGACUCAAGAAGGUUUAUGUGACUGUGGAGUUAGAUUCACGUGCCUUUGCUUUCUUAAGAUUAUUGAAGUGCCUUUGUUUUCCUAAGAUUACUAAAUGUUACCGUAUCUAUAAGUUGAACUCAGCAUCGUACUUCUGGUACACUCGUCACUAUACUGAUUAAGUUUUUUAAAGUCUUAAGAGUAUACAACAUUAAACCUACGCAGUUGUUAAGGA